AUGUAAAAUAGUCGGAGUUUCUAGUCUUCCUUGUACGGUCCAUGUGGCGCCAGUACAAUUUCGCGCGCGCGACGAUCAUCUCGUCCUGGCAACCCUUAAUUCGCAGCCCCAUAUUGCACCUCGUUACAUAAAAUCGCUUUCGGUACCGAGGGUUGCUGGCGCGUCAUACGACUUGUUGUUGUUGUGAUUAUGGUUAAUUGACGGAGCGCUGCAUUUUUAUGUGACGAACAACGCCAGCAAUAUCCCCGAUGAUGAACAUGCACGGGAUGAAGGAUGGAUGCCGAGUUAGUCUGCUGUUCCUGCUGCUGCUCGUCUCAGCGAUUGAUGUCAGCGGGCUGACUAUCUCCCAGAACAUGACGACUAAGGUGGUGACCGAUGACACUUUUAUGGUGGCGUGCCACAACAACGAGGGACUCCCUGUGACUUGGCGCAACUCGAAAGGGGCUGUUUUAGGCCCGAAAACACGUCCGGAAGCCCGUCAGGGUUCUUACGGUUAUUCGAUUAUCUUCAAGUCGCCGCACCAGCUCGAAGAUACCGGCAAUUACACCUGCUCCACGCCGAAGGAAAAAAGGGUGUUCGAGCUGUUCGUGACACCCGCGCUCAGAUUCACGGACACUGCCACCAACCAGUCGGCGUAUGAAGGAGAAGAGUUCCUGCUCAAGUGCGAGGUGGAGGGCGGCACGGUCUCGUGGGCGGCGGAAGGAGGGGCCAUAAUUGAACAUACCGAAAAGUUCAAAGUGAUAGCCGACGGUCUCGUCAUCAGGAAUGUGUCGAGGCACGACAGUCAGACGUUCAUUUGCAAGGGGGUCCAACAAAGGACUGGGAUGGUCCUCGACCGGAAGAUCCACUUCCACGUCAAACAUAAACCCAUCCACCCCAGCCACCCCCAACGCCACAUGCGUCAAGAAGUCAUCUACGGCUACAUCACCGGCACCGUCAACCUCACCUGCGUUGCCAUCGCCAACCCCCCCGCCACCUUCGAGUGGAAAGUCAAAGACAAGAAGGCUAAAAUCGGCAAGAUCAUCAACGAAUCCCUCGAAGUGUCAAUUCUGCAACUUCACAUCUACAACAAAUCGGCUUUCGGCAACUACAAGUGCAUAGCCAAGAACAAACUCGGCAGCUACGAAGAGAACUUCACCCUGAAGGAAGGGGUGAAACCCGUGUCUCCUAGCAACAUCGAAAUGAAGGAAUCUGCCACGAAAUCGGCCAUUUUCGAAAUCGUAGGCCCUAACCGGACGCUCGAGAUGGAUUUGGACACACUUGGGUUCAGUGUGCAGUUCCGGAAGAUUGAUGAGGAGGAGUGGCAGCAACGGGAUUUCAAUAUUACGAAAAAUAAUCUGUACACUUUGGAUAACCUGGAGCCCGAUACAGAGUACGAACUUCAGGCUGCUACCAGGAAUGCUGCGGGUUUGAGCGACUAUUUGCCCUCCAGUCGCUGGAAGACGUCUGGAGCGGAGUCAGCUCGUUUGUCCAUGGCUUUGCUGUACAGUGUUGGGGUUGUAGUCGUCUUGAAUUUCCUGGCUUCUUGGUGAUGAAGUGGUGACGCAGAAUGAGAACGAAACCGGCAAUAUACUUCAUUGUAAUAUACGUAUGGCUAUUCUCUUCCGGUUCCUCCGGUUAUCUAUGCAUAACGUUCCGUUCGACAGUUGUAAUGUCAUCAUAUCACUAUUUCAUGUCGUCACUUAAUGUCAUUCCAAUCGAUCAAAGACACGAUUUUCAUUUCGGUACGUACAUAAUGGAUUGUGAUGAAUUAGUGUACAAGGUGAGGCCACUAGCUGGACUGGACCAUUUUAGCAAGACAAGUGGGUUAACGGAGUUAACACUCCUCUGGCCUCGCCAUGUACAGGCAAUUAUUAUUUAACUAAGUGCAAUUUUGUAAAUAUAAUUUAGUAUUUUUUGAGUCCUUUAGACCUGUUUAGUCACUUCUUCAUUGUACAUAGUUCCAUGUGUGCUAUUUGUUGACAAAUGUGCCAAUGUUAUACAAAUGAAUGUUGCAUUAUCGGUGUAGCUGUUUUGGGUUAGUGUGGCUUGAGGAUGGUUGACAAUAAGUCGAAACUGUAGAACCGUUACACUUACAAAGACAUAUUUUCAUUGUGAACCAAAUUCUAUAUGCACCUAGUAUCAGAAUGUUCGACGGUUAUAAUUCUAAGAGUUUAUCGCUUUUAAUUGUAUACAGAGAGAUGUGAUGGAUUAAUUUUGUUGUCUAGAAAGUAAGAGUUGUUUAUUCCGCUUUGAUAAAGUUCCACACGGUGUCGAAGCGGACAGGUCUGUAUAAAUAAAUUUGUUUUUCUAUAAA